GCCCAGGGGGAACCGGCCGCUCACCAUGUCGGACACACUUGUCAUCAAGUCUAGUGAAACGACCGUCAACGUCAACUCCGAUGUCGCCGAGGAGAGAAUCGCGGCCCGCCGCAUUCGGAUUGCCACGCGGCUGGAGGAGAAGAGACGGGAAGAGAUGGAGAGAAUUUAUGGUGUUGAGGAAGAGGGAAAAGAGGAUCUAAGUAAAAGCUGCAAGCAGGUUGUAGACUCGCAACAGAAACUAAUUCAGCUGCAAAGAGAUGGGACAUCGUUGGUCACAAAUGUGCAAAUUGCUGAAAACUCAAGGGAGAUACAGCGGAGGAGCACAGAAAGGGAAAUGCAAAAGCAUAGGUCUGCAAAGCUGGAAAAUGAAGCAACAUUGAGUGAAGAAAAAUUUGAGAAUAUCACGAAGAAAUGGCUGACGGCAAAAGCCCGUAAAAUUCCACAGGAUCUGCGUGACAUUCUAAUCAAGCAGCAACAGAGCUGUUCUGAGUUAAUUGAGGGGAAAAACAAGCUGAUUAACACUUUGCAGAAGGAAUUAAAGUUAAGUGAUGAUCAGUAUGUGAAAGACCUGAAGAAAGCAGCUGAUGACAUUGAUCUGUUGUUAGAAAGAAUGGAAGAACAAAUAAAGACCUUAACAAAAUCCUACAGAGAGGAAUUGAUGCAGAUUGAGAAAGCAUUUCAGCUGGAACGUCAUGAGCUAAUCAAAAGUAAUCUUGUGAUGUGGGAAAAGAAAAUGCAGAUGCGAAGAGACAAAGAGAUUGAGUUUCUGAUGGCGCGAAUGGACAAAGUGGAGCAAUAUGAGAAUCAACUUCAGCAGUUGCGGGUUCAGGAUGCAGAGGAAUACAAUAUGAUAAAAAUUAAGUUGGAGACUGACGUAGAGGUAAUCUUAUAGAAACAUCCCAUUCUGUUAACAAAAUGCAGUUCCCAUUGUGCAGUUUUUGACUUCAUGAUUCUGGGGCAGAGAAGGGAGAGGGAGGUCUCGAGGGCAGGCCAAAUGAGGAAGAUGGCAAUGUUACAUGACAUUCUGAACAGGUUGUUGGGAAGAUUGGCUAAACAAGAGAAAAUGUAUCGUGAAGAGAAUCAGAGUCUAAGUGACCAAUACAAGCGGACGGUAGAACUAUAUAAGGACCUACAGAAGAAAAUGAGACAUUUUGCUGUAAUUGAUGCAAAGAAAUUUGAAGGUGUUUGGUUAAUGAAUGAGAAAGAGACCAAGGAUCUAGUCAGAAAGGCUCUCGAUGUUGACCGAAUAGUUCAUGAGCAACAAUUGGGCUUGAGUUGGACAAGUCCAGAUCUUUGUUUUAUGAAGAAUGUUGGACCAAUUGUAUGCAAGACUAAGAAGAAAAAAUCAGCUGCUGAGCUGGCGGAAGAAGUUAUUCUAGGAGCAGAGAGAAAGGAAAGAGAUUUGGACGAUGAAACAGAAACAGGCCAUAAGUCAUUGUGGAGUACUCUUUUCCAAAACAUUUGUUAUUCAGCUAGUGAGGAGAAAGCAUUGGAAUUAUGUGGUGGAACACCUGGAAAUAUCUCAUUGUCGACUGUCAAAACAUUGCUAGAAGUCUUGUGUGAUGAGUCUGGUUUUCUGAUUGAAAGCAAGCUUCUUAAAAUUCUUAUUCCCCUCAAGAAGGAUGAACAAUCGCUAAUAAAACUGGAUGCCAUUUUCGCUGCUUUAGGAAUAGAGAAUGAAGAUGAUAUCAUCAAGUUGACAGAGUUCUUCAUCAAGCAUUGUAAGUCUUCUAACCUUGAAUUAGAGAAGGAGAAUGAGGUAUUGUUAAAGAGACUUGAUAAAGAAGUACAAGAAGAAUUUGUGGCUCGUGUAGAGAUGCAACAAGCUGGUAUGGGACCAGCAGAAGAGGAAGAAGUUUGUGUAACUGAAACUGAUGAGCAACAGGCCCAUGCUUGUGCAGAUCUGCGAGCCGAGCAUCAUUUAGAACUUGUUCACCCUAAUGACAUCCUCCAAACUUUAAGACUUUUCCUUGAAGACAAUCAGCAAUCAAGGGAAAAAUCACAGCCCAAAGUGACCACUGUGAAGGAAAGGGAUAGCUCUGAGGAUAGUGCUUACUGGGAUGCCAUGGCAAAGAUCAUACCUGACAAUAAACUGAAGAUCUGGAAUUACCUAAGCGAUGCUCUGGAAAAAUAUUAG